GAGUAGGGGGGGAGGUGGAGGGAGGAGGAGGAGGCCCAGGCCAUGUUUGGGAUGGAGGGAUGGAUGGAGGAGGUGGAGGGUUGAUAAACUCAGUCGCAGCGGUUCAGACUCUCACUUCUGUCCUGCCCCCCUCCCCACGUCCCAGCAGGCCCUGCACUGCCACGUGUGAGUCGGUGUCGUAGUGUCGUUGCUCGUCCACAGCGCCCCCUGCAGUCAUGUGUGAUGAUGAGGAGAGCACCGCUCUGGUCUGUGACAACGGAUCCGGUCUCUGUAAGGCCGGGUUCGCCGGAGACGACGCCCCCAGAGCUGUCUUCCCCUCCAUUGUGGGCCGGCCCAGGCACCAGGGAGUAAUGGUGGGUAUGGGGCAGAAGGACAGCUACGUUGGUGACGAGGCUCAGAGCAAGAGAGGAAUCCUGACCCUGAAAUACCCCAUCGAACACGGCAUCAUCACCAACUGGGACGACAUGGAGAAGAUCUGGCAUCACUCGUUCUACAACGAGCUGCGAGUGGCUCCAGAGGAACAUCCCACCCUGCUGACUGAAGCUCCUCUCAACCCCAAAGCCAACAGGGAGAAGAUGACACAGAUCAUGUUUGAGACCUUCAAUGUUCCUGCCAUGUAUGUGGCCAUCCAGGCUGUCCUGUCACUGUACGCCUCUGGACGAACCACAGGUAUCGUCCUGGACUCUGGUGAUGGCGUCACCCACAACGUGCCGAUCUACGAGGGUUACGCUCUGCCUCACGCCAUCAUGAGGUUGGACCUGGCGGGACGUGACCUCACCGACUACCUCAUGAAGAUCCUAACCGAGCGAGGCUACAGCUUCGUCACCACCGCGGAGAGAGAGAUUGUCCGAGACAUUAAGGAGAAGUUGUGUUACGUGGCCCUGGACUUCGAGAACGAGAUGGGGACAGCAGCGACCUCGUCCUCUCUGGAGAAGAGCUACGAGCUUCCUGACGGUCAGGUCAUCACCAUCGGCAACGAGAGGUUCCGCUGCCCUGAGACGCUCUUCCAGCCCUCCUUUAUCGGUAUGGAGUCGGCUGGUAUCCACGAGACGACCUACAACAGCAUCAUGAAGUGUGACAUCGACAUCCGUAAAGACCUGUACGCCAACAACGUGCUGUCUGGAGGAACCACCAUGUACCCGGGUAUCGCUGACCGUAUGCAGAAGGAGAUCACCGCCCUGGCUCCCAGCACCAUGAAGAUCAAGAUCAUCGCCCCCCCAGAGAGGAAGUACUCGGUGUGGAUCGGCGGCUCCAUCCUGGCCUCCCUCUCCACCUUCCAGCAGAUGUGGAUCAGCAAGCAGGAGUACGACGAGGCUGGACCGUCCAUCGUCCACCGCAAGUGCUUCUAAAAGAUCCAUCAUCUUCAGCUGCCCCCCCAUCCCUCCCCCAACACCCCCGUCUUCGGUUUCUAGUCUCAGCUCCAGCACCGUCUUUAUUUUAACCCUCACUGAGCACAAGCUAACAGGUCCCAGAUUAGCUCCCCAAAAACACCCCACAGGGACGACAGCAGGACGUCAGUCAUGUUCUUUGGUCUUUAGGAAGAUCUUAGAAACACCUUCCUACUGAAAUAUUUUUAUAUUUUAUAUUAUGACAGCUGGAAAAAGGGAAGUGAUGUCGUCUUUAGUGAAUCCAGAUGUUUUUGGUGAACUGAACCUUUAAACCAUUCAGAACUUCCAUCAGAAAAUAUUCAGAUUUUCAGCUCAAACAUCCUCCCUGUCUGCUCACCUUUAAACUGUGAAUGUGCCGCUUGUCCUCCAUCUUUAACCCCACCCACUUACACCUGCCCUUGCUCCACCCCUGUGAUCCCCCCACCCCCACCCCACACUGGUCCUCCAUGUUGGUACUGUUUCUUGUCAAAAGGUGUGUUUUUAUUUUUGAUGAAUAAAGCUUGAAUGUUGCCCGCUGGUGUUAUCUUCCGUCGUCUGGGAGCAGAACACGUUCACAUGGUGUUAUGAUGAUGUCACACAAAGUGUAUGAUGAUGUCACAAGGUGUAUGAUGAUGUCACAAGGUGUAUGAUGAUGUCACAGCUGGUGAACUCUGAGUAGGUGAGCAGGAGGCGUGGCCUCAUGGUGCUGUCUACGUUAGAAACAAGUUAGAGAACUUAGAUGGAAAAAUGUGUGAUGUGACGUCAACAACAUGGAAGUGACAGACGACUGCUCCAGGAAGAAAAUAAAGAGCUGUCAUACAAGAAAA